AUUUAGUUUGUGGAUACUUGCAUAAAUUAUACGGAUUCUUUCUUUAGUUUAUCUGUGGUGUUAAUAUAUAUUACAAGGUGAACGUGAAUACUCAUUGUAAAACAAAAGGCUUCGUCCUUCACACAUUAGUAGGUAGAGCAUCAUUUGUUUGAAUAACUCGUUAUCUGCAAGUCGACGAUAGUGCCAGAGGUGGUUAGAGUUAUGCUAACGAUGUUACAAUGCAUGUAAGUACGCAAUAAGCACCCGUCUCGCGUUCAACAUAGACUUCACUAUUGUAUACUGUACUAACUCUUUUAUUUCCUAUCCUCAAGUGGUGGUGGUGGGUGAUAUACGGUGGUAACAUCACGAUGCGACAAUAGGAUAACUACAGCUUACUAAUUCACUAAGUAGUCAUGGCUAAUGCUAAAAGUAGACCAAAAGCACUGAAGAGUGCAUCCACAAAACCAAAGGGUCGGAAACCAAAAGGUGUCACCAAAAAUUCAGUUGAACAGAUCAUGAAAGGACACAGCAAUGGAAAAUCAGUGACAAAUGAUAAAAUGCAGUUAUUACUAAGAAAGGGAUCAUUGAUGAAGGAGAUGAUUGUGAGUGAAACACCAAAGAAACUUGAGGUGUCAUUGACAAAUAGACUGAUGUCUCGAAGUGGGAGAAUAAGAAAGAAAAGCAAAGACCAUUUGAAGCUGCUCGAUAAUAUUUUGAAGAGUGAACUCAUGAUUGAAGAUAUAAAAGCUAAACAGAGAACAUCGGGUGCAAAUAACAAUAAUGACAGUGAGACUAGUGACCAAAAUGAUACAUUGGUGUCCUCAGACAAUUGUACACAGUCAAAUAAUAUUACUGUAGAAUCUAAUAAGAAACAGAAAAAAAAUAUUGGAUGUAAGUCAAAAAUACAAGAUAACAAAUCAUCAAAGAAUCAUCAAUCAAUUACAAAUGAUCUUAUUCCUACAAUUCAGGUAUUUCAGUGUGAUCAUUGUGACAAAAUAUUCAAUACAAAAUCAGCAAUUGGCAGGCACAUUCCUACACAUAUGAAUUUAAAACAACACAAAUGUAAUUAUUGUUCAAGGAAGUAUCGUCAGAAAUCCACUUUGAGAGCACAUAUAAAGCAACAACAUCUUAAUGUGAUAUCAGCUAGUGAGCCAAUGCCACAAUAUGAGAUGUGUCAUAUAUGUGAUAGGAGGUUCCUUUCACAGGAAAUACUGAGUGAACACAUAGCAACACAUAUAAGCAAUGAUAAUUUCCUAAAAUGUAUUUAUUGCGAUAAGAAAUUCUCUAACCAUGUUAUACUUGUACAGCAUGAGAAGCAACAUCUUGUCGAUGGUGGGUUUCAAUUGUCUGUGCAUGUCAAAAAGCAUGUAAAGGUCAAAGAAUACAUCUGUCAGUACUGUGGUAAAGAGUUUUUGAGAAUGAAUUCUAUGCGACGACAUGUUCAAGUAUGCCAUGCUGGAUUUAGGAUACAGUGUCCAAUAUGCAAGAAAAAUUUAAAAGGACAUCUUUCUGAACAUAUGCGUGUCCAUGAAAAUAAACGUCCCCAUGUGUGCACACGGUGUGGUCAGAGGUUUACACAAUCCACACAAUUAAAUGUUCAUCUGAGGUCUCAUACUGGUGAUAGACCAUAUCCAUGCAGGAUUUGUGGUCGCCGUUUCUCCCAUUCAAAUGCUUUGAUUCUGCAUAUAAGGCGACACACAGGAGAAAAGCCAUUUCAGUGUGCUAUGUGCCCAUUGUAUUUUUCCCAACUGCCUCAUAUGAAGGCACACAUGCGUAAUAUUCAUCAUAAAGAAAAAGCAUAUAAAUGUCAAAAAUGUAAUCAAUUUUUUAAGUUGAAGGCUCAUCUGGAGAAACAUGUUACAACUUGUGUAGUAGGUGACAUAGAAAAAAGAAUUGCAGGGAAUAUUGACGGCCCUGUAAAGUCGGAGGAGAUCGAAGUGGAGUCAGCGAUGAGUCUUUCUCGAAUGAGAUACCUCUUGGCACUGCUGCUCACUAUGAUCGCCACGAAAGCCAAACUCAAAUAUUUAGGUUUCAACAAACGUUCAAUCGAUGAUAUACUUAUCGAAUCUCUCGGUGGAAUGGGUCUGACUGCUUGCAAGGAUGAGAGCUUGACGCCUUUGCAUCGUCUGAAAACGAACAUACAGAUGUUACUGGACAGAACCGUACCACAGGACCAGUUGGAGAAGUUCAAAAUGGAGAAUAAAACCACAGAAGACAUAUUAGAACUUUUGACUGAUGAAAAGAAAAGUUCUUAA